AUGAUGAAUAGUAUCAGGAUAGUACGCAGGCUUCCUAUUUGCCAAUGGAGAUCAUUCUCUAGAUGCACAGUUUUGAACCAAGAGGUAGCAGAAGCGGUAACUCCACUCACAGUACCUCCUCCUGAAGGAGUUGACAAGCCAAUUUCACCGAAAAUCGAGAAAAUUGUGUCUGAAAUAACAAAUUUAAACCUACUUGAGGUGUCAGAACUCAGUCAAGUGUUGAAACGAAGGUUAAACCUCCCUGAUGCUCCUGUCAUGCCAGUUGGCGGGUUCGCUAUGGCAGCACCAGCAGCACAAGAAGAAGAGGAAGCCGCACCUAAGGCCGUCAAAACCAGCUACACUGUGAAAAUGACAAAGUUUGAUGACAAACAAAAGGUGGCACUAAUCAAAGAAGUGAAGAGUCUAUUAGAAGGAUACAACUUGGUACAGGCCAAGAAGUUUGUUGAAAGUGUACCUACUGUUGUAAAAGCAGACAUCUCUAAAGACGAAGCAGAGAAACUAAAAGAAGCAUUGUCCAAAGUUGGAGCUGUUAUAGAAAUUGAUUAA